CGUCUUUCCGGUUCCUCUUCGGUUUGACCGCGGCUCGCUGCUCGCACUCCCCGGCCAGAUGCAGCGAACUCCGGUCGGACCUCGGCGGAGUCCAGGGGCUCCUCAGCCGGGUUCGGGCCGGACCUUUUCAGGAGUCCGGUCUCCGUUUGGAGGUUCUCCUCGGCACCGAGGCGUAGGGUUCUUACCGGGGUUCUCUCCAGGUUCUCCGAGGUUCUCUCCAGGUUCUCCGAGGUUCUCUCCAGGUUCUCCGAGGUGGUCCCCGGGGUCCGGCAGAGGAAACAUGGACGUGUCGCCGGCCCAGUUCGGCGGGGGUGGGCGAUGGUUCGCCGGUCCGGUUAGGCCGGGCCGCGGGUUCCGACGGCCGCAGUCCUUCAGCCCCUCAGGAGCGCCGAACCUACAGUCCAGAACUCCAGAUGUUCCUGUGGAGAAGUACUUCAGUCCGUCCAUGCUGCAGGAUCCCUGGAAGUCCCUGCCCGCCGUCCCGGCUGAGAACCAGAGAACCAGCUGACCAAUCAGAGGACCAGCUGACCGACCAGCUGACCAAUCAGAGGACCAGCUGACCAAUCAGAGAACCAGCUGACCGACCAGCUGACCAAUCAGAGGACCAGCAGGGCCAAUCAGAGGACAGAUCAGUGGAGCUGAUCGUUUUAAACUAGCCAAACAUUUUUAACUCUUCUUUGUGUUUUUACUGACAAACUUUUGGUUUUUACUUUUUAAAUAAAAACUAAAAACUUUAA